AUGUUCGGCGGAGGAUUCGGACAGAAUACUCAGCAGAGUUCCGGCUUUGGCUCCGGCAAUGCUUUUGGAAGCGCAAAUACUGGUGGAGGCUUUGGAUCUUCCUCGUCUCCUGCUUUUGGGAGUGGUAACUCAUCAGGCGGUGGCCUGUUUGGAAACACUUCCAGUAGCUUCGGUUCCGGCGGAGGAUUCGGUACCAAUACACAAACACAGUCAAACUCCCUGUUUGGUGCGGGGCAAAACCGCACCGGCGGCUUUGGCACUGCGGGACCCAGCACCGGCGGCGGUCUGUUUGGCUCAAGCAACACAUCGAACACGGGUAACACUGGCUUUGGCGGCUUUGGCUCCGCUGCAAACACCGGCGGCGGCUUCGGCAGCAGCACGGGAGGCGGUGGGCUGUUUGGUGCCAACAAACCCGCCAGCGGAUUCGGUAGUACAACCGGGACUACGGGCUUUGGAGCCAGUGGCGGCACCAGCGGGUUUGGAAGCGGAACAACAGCUCCGGCUUUUGGAGGUGGCAGCGGCACUGCGUUCAAUCAAGCCGUCCCUCCCUCCGACGGCACGGGCAGCACUCCGUUCACUCCCUUCACCGAGAAGGACGCCGCCAGCAGCGUGACCAACCACUACCAGAGCAUUGUGUUCAUGCAGCCAUACAGCAAGUAUUCCUUUGAGGAGCUUCGGCUUGGUGAUUAUAAUGGAGGCCGCCGAUUCGGAAACGGCAGUGGCCAAGCAGGUGCCUUCGGCGCCUCCGCCUUUGGUGGCUCUGGGUUCGGGACUCAGUCUACUGGAUUUGGAUCCGGAAACACUUCUUCGCCAUUCGGCGCGAACACAAGCACUCCUUCGGCCUUUGGCAGCCAGACCCAAACUGCAGGCGGCUUCGGCAGCAAUACAUCGAAUCCAUUGUUUGGUGCCCAGAAGCCCGCCAACUCUCUCUUCGGCGGCGGAACGUCCACUGCUACCACGACUCAAUCAGGCUUGUUCGGUAGCAACACGGCGACAGCGGGAGGGUUUGGAUCCAAGCCACUUGGAACCCCGCAGGGGAGCACUGGUUUUGGUGCCGGGUCGACACUGUUCGGAAACACGGCCAACAACAAUCAGCCGCAACAGGGCCAAUCUCUCUUUGGCGGAGGCUCAACUGGCGGAAGCGCUUUCGGCGGCUUUGGCACCCAGAACACGAGCACAGCCUCUCCAUUUGGCGGCACCACUGCUACAGCUUCUCCCUUCGGCGGCCAAAAUCAGCAGCAGCAAUCGAGCGGUGGUUUGUUUGGUGGUGGUACCGGCUUCGGCCAGCAAAACCAGGCUCAGAAUCAGGCACAGACCCCGAACAAAGGGCUAUUUGGUGGAUUUGGCGCUAACACCCAGCAGCAGCAGAACAGCACUUCGGGGCUUUUUGGCAGUAGCAACACCGCCACCGGCACCGGCACGACUGGCGGCUCCCUCUUCGGUCAGAACCAGCAGACCCAGCAACCUGCCGGCGGCGGUUUGUUUGGAACCAACAGCACCACCCAGCCGGCCCAAACGAACUCGCUUUUCGGCGGAGGUCAGCAGCAAGGCCAGAAGAGUCUGUUCGGAGGAGGCACAACAGGCACGGGCACGGGCACGAGUGCAUUUGGAGGGUUCGGCAACACACAGACCCAACAGACUGGCGGUGGCUCGGGUCUCUUCGGUGGCGGUGCGGCUCAGCAACAGCAGAAGCCCAGUCUUUUCGGUGGCGCCGCACCCUCUGGCGGCAGUCUCUUUGGUGGAGGUGCAAGCACCACGACACCAGCGGCGACCGGAUCUCUCUUUGGCGGCGCCACGAGCCAGAACCAACAACCGACCACUCUAGGCAGCUCCAGCCUCUUCGGCGGCAGCCAGUCCCAGGCUACCCAGCAAAUGGGCCCCGCGCCUGGCAGUCUGCAGGCAUCGCUGCUCGAUGGAAACCCUUACGGCAACCAAUCGAUCUUCUCGGGAUUGCCCGCGCCCAGUACUGCAAGCCCAGGCCCCUUGGCCACUCCGCUGUCUUCCUCCAACAAGCAGAAGCAACGCACUCCUCUCCCCGUUUACAAGAUCACUCCGACUGCCGCAAAUCGCCUGUUGACACCACCCAAACGGGGCUACGGAUUCUCGUAUUCCACCUAUGGGUCUCCGUCGAGCACUGCGAAUACCCCAGGCGGGCUUGGUGGCAGCGUCCUUGGGGGCAGCAUGCGCAGCAGCUUUAAUGCCAGCAGUCUAGGACGCUCUAGCUUCAGCAAGAGUCUCUCGACCAGCAACCUGCGCAAGACAUUUGAUCCUGAAGGCGAUAGUGUUCUUUCUCCCGGAGCCCUUUCCUCCGGUAGCUCCCGACUUUCUAGCGGCAGCCUGAAGCGUCUCACUAUCGAUCGAAGCCUGCGCAACGACUUGUUCACGCGCUCGACCAGCACUCCUCCUCCUGCCGCCAUCACCAACGGCGAGGUGGCUGCGCCUCUCGUCGACAAGGGGAAGAAGAAGGUUAGCUUUGAAUCGUCUUCCGACCUGGCGUCCACUGGCGGCGAGAUUGUACCCGUCGAAACCCAAAGCCCCGAGCCGACCGCGGAGGAGUUGGGAUUCCUUCGUUCUGUCCGCAAGAGUGGCACGAUCAAUGGAGUCAACGGUACCAAAUCCCCGGAGAAUGCUGCUCGUCCCGAGAUGGAAUCAGUGCGCAACAACGACGCGCCCGCCGUCACGGAGCGUCCGGAACCGAGCGCGACCAACACCGCCCCCAAGCGACUGGCGUUUGUCCCCGGCGGGGACCCGCAGCCUGGCGAGUAUUACAUGAGGCCUACUCGUGCCGAACUCAGCAGGAUGAGCCGGGAGCAAUUGAAGAAGGUUGAGGGAUUUACUGUUGGGCGCGAAAACUGCGGCGAGGUGACCUUUGAUAAACCCGUGGACCUGACUACCAUCGACCUCGAUAAUAUCUUCGGUGGCCUUGUCGAUAUCGACGUGCGCAAGAUCACUGUCUACCCCGACGAAACCAUCAAGCCGCCUCGUGGCAAGGGCCUGAACGUCCCCUCGAUCCUCCGAAUCGAAAAUUCUUGGCCUCGUGGCCGCGACAAGAAGUCACCGUCACCACUGACGAGUGGCCCGUUGUUCGACAAGCACAUUGAUCGGUUGGUCAAGGUGCACAACACCGAGUUUAUCGACUACGAAGCGGAAACCGGCACCUGGGUUUUCAAGGUUCCUCAUUUCACCACCUAUGGUCUUGAUUAUGAUAGCGAUGAGGAAGAAGAAGGUGAGAGCCUAAACCAAAGCACUUUGAGUGCUGCUCCUGACACUCCGACUCCGAAGGCCCAAACCCUUGCCAAUCCCGACAACACCGUGGGCUCGGAGCAGCUGUCGGCCUUCUCCACUGACGAUUCCUUCCUCGGUUCUGUGGCGGGCGUUGAUGACGACACGUUCGAUUUCAAAAAGCGUAAGAUAGUUCCCGGAGCAUUUGGCCACCAGGCGAUGGAGACGAUGAACGACGAGCACUCGGGCUCGGAAGAGGAGGAAGACGAUUCUUUUUUAGGGGACGGCUCCACGGGUUCAACUAUUGAGCCAGACGGCGACGACAUCACCGAGAGUCUGCAGUCUGGCGAGUCUGAAGUUGAAUUCGAUGAAAGCGAGGAAAUGGACAUGGCGGGUACGUUUCCGGACCUUCGUCACACCGUGGAGCACGACGACACCGCGAGCACCGACACAUACAUGGAAGACCCUCGGCUGUCGCUGAAGCCUUGGAACACGCCGGCGAAGCCGCGUCUGGAUCUCACAGGCGAUUGGGCCGAGCAGCUUCAGCGAACCAUUAGUCCACGGAAGCAGAACCGCGACGCCCUCCGCGAGAUUCAGGCGCAUGCCUUCAAUGACCGGUCUUUGCACGAGGAGACCCCAAAGCAGCCCACCAGCGAAUCCAAGAAGAAGGGGUUUGCUACUAGUAUUGAUCUAAUGAAUUCGCUAUUCCAGCAACCUCGGAAACACCAGACUACAUCCCCCUCGAAAGCACAGAAUGCGCGACCUAAAGGUCCUGAGUGGCCAUACCACAAACAGCCCAAGACCUAUGCCGGCGAGUCCAAUGAAUUGAGCGCCGAUGACCUUGCCUUUCACCACUCCUUCAAACCUCGUUGGGGACCUGGAAACUCGCUGCUUUGUGUACGGAACAGCUUCAGUCCUAUUGAAGCUGGAUUGAGUCGCUGGGACCAUCGGCUGUCCGUGACUAGCGAAGGACGGGAUGUUUCCCUACUAUCAUACUCGAAGGUUGACGAGCCGAUAAGCAUGCUUGACGCCCAGCGCGACCUGACGAUCAUCAGUCCCGUGGAUGGGAUCGUGCCCUUUGCUCGCCUGGUCCAGGCUGACUUCUACAAGAUGUCUUCCGUAGCAUCGGGUAGUCCGAGUGUCUCCGACCAAGAACGCUUGCUCUGGCAGCUGACCAAUGUUCUAUUCAAUGAAGAGCUUGACGAUGACAUCUCUGCCGGCGUGCCCCCAGAACUCCGGUCUCAGUUCUCUCACCGUAUCAAGAAGGAUCGCCUCACCCGUCUAUUGGAGGGUAUCAUCCGUCAAAAGCAAGUCCAGAAGCUAGGUCAGGUCGGUUCACCAGAGGAGCGUGCUGUUCACCUUCUGUGCGCACAUCGAGUCGACGAAGCGUGCACUGUCCUCCUUUCGAGCCAGAACCCUCAUCUUGCCACUCUUGUUUCGCAAAUUGGCCGUGAUGCCACUGUACGUGAAGACAUAACCAAGCAAAUCGAGAUGUGGCGUCAGACCAAUGCAUACUCGGAGAUGAGUGAGCCGGUGCGCGCUUUGUACGAACUGCUGGCAGGCAAUGCUCUUCGGAGCGAGGGCAAGACCACUGGGGCGCUUGAGGAUCGGAUCUCUGCAUUCACAUUCUCAGAGCGCUUCGGCCUGGACUGGUUCCAAGCCUUUGGGUUGCGCCUGUGGUACGGGAUCAGUGAGGACGAGCCGUUAGAAAACGCCGUUUGCAAAUUUGUCGACGACCUGAACAGUGGCAUUGAAACCGCACUACCCUCACCAGAUCUGUCUCAGUUGCACCAAUCUACCACCGCGCAGGAUCGCGAAUCGCCGCUGUGGGUGCUUUUGAAGGUCUAUGCCGCCGCUACUGGUGCAGGUCAGGAUUCUCAGUUCGACGGACUGGAAUUCCCGGGCGCCUUGCUCCCCGAGUCAGUCACUGGGGACAGGUUAACCAACCGCCUGACCUUUCAGCUGUGUCAGUUCUUGGCUGCUGCUGUUGGACACAGUGGCCGUUUCCAGCUCAAUGUAGCUCAGAUGGACCAGCUCACUUGGGAUUAUGCAUGGGAGCUCUGCGGUUUCGCUGCUCUUCCACGGAGCAUUUUCGUCUUGUGUCACCUCUCGCGUACUGUUGACCGGGAACGAGCUAUCAAGGACAUGCUGGCUCGAUUUGCACCAACGAUUCCAGACUCUGUCAAUGAAGACGGAUCGCCCAACAACUUGUGGCGGUUCCUUAUCACCGAGGCACGGAUUCCGGAGAAUUGGAUCUGGGUGGCCAAGGCCCUCGAUGCGCGGGAUAGGGGGGAUGCUGCCCACGAAGUGGACUAUCUGGUCAGAGCUAAGAAUUGGAACGAUGCGCACACCACCUUCUGUCGCAUCGUCGGUCCAUCGGCCGUGAUUGAGGGCGACUACGCCACGCUAGAAACGUUGGUUUCUGGCUUUGGCGCCGAGCCGGAGCGCAAGGUGCGCGGCUGGGCGCAAGGAGGCGGUGUUUACGACGACUUUCUGCAAUUGGCCACAGCCAGGGCUGGCAGGCGAGAUCCGGCACGACUGCAUCGGCUGGUCCAGGCCUUGGUCCAGCGCGGUGAUCAAAUUCGGCAGGGUUCCGGCGUGGAAGGCUUGGAGGAACGAGUUGCAUUCCGGGAGAUGAGCCGAGCCGUGGCGCGCUGGACGGCAUACGAAGACAUCCAGGCAACCGAUCUGUCUAGUGUGCUCAGUCUGCCGCUGACGGGCGAUGCACGCCUCACGCAGACGGCGGAAAUGAGUCGACGUUACUACGGGGUUAUCAUGGCCGGGGGCUAUUGA